CUGGGGCCCCAGUGAAGCUGCGGGUGCUGGGAAGCGGCUUCCGCCUGCGUUCGGACUCGCGGAGGCGGCUCUGACGCGGUGGUCCUUCCUCUCCGCGACCUGGCAGCGCUCGCUCGUGGCCGGGAAAGGACAGCUAGUGAGGGCUGGGACGGCGGGGCAGGGAGCCUUCCGCCAGGGCGGAACGGGAGGUUGGCAAAGCGCCCCGGUGCGCGGUGCGCCCGGGGCGGGCUAGCACUGAGAGACCCAAGUUCUUCAUGCAAUCUCGGGAUUUAUCCACCUCUGUAAAAUCCUUCAUUGACCCACCCAAAGGGCCCGGGAACCUCAGAUAAAGACUCCCGCUCUAGAGACAGAUGUGGUGGUGCCAGUGAGGAAUUCCAUGUCAGGAAGGACGGGUGGACAACCGGGAUGCUGCGGACGUUGGAAAUUCAAGUGAGCAGACGGUACUUCUCUCUGAAUUUGGGAGCUGACGAGUCAGGAUCCAGCUGGAGCCAUUUUCCAAAAUCCGACUGCUAAACCUGUCUCGGAUCAAGGACUGGGUAUAAGACUCUGCUGAUCACACCAUAGUGUCCCUCUUCACUGUCAUUUGUCUUCAAUGCAAUUUGGAAACCAAAUCCAAAUAGUAUAUAGGAUCAAGAAACCAAAGGAUCCUGAAGGACCACAUAAGGAGUGUGGUGAGCCAGAGCCCUUUGGUUAUAAGGAGACCAAACCCUGGGACAGUGACCCUGACAGCCUCACCUGCCAUGGACUGAACCAGAGGCUCAGGGAUUGGAAACUCGUUGGAACAAAAUGGAUUUUGUCUUCCUAGAUGGAUUCCACAUUGCUGUCGCUGGCCUGAUGUGUGCUGCAGGGGACAGAGCAUCUUUGAUGGGGAUCCUUUCAACCAGCAGGCCGUCUGCAGGACAGUACCUGAUACAGCAAGCUCUUCCCAGCCUGCCUGCAGUAACUUGGAGAUGAUGUGGGCCUGGGCUCCGUGGAUACUCCCUCUUCUCUGCAGAUUCAGCCUGGCAGUUCUGCCUGCUAAGCCUGAGAAUAUUUCUUGUGUUUUCUACUAUAAGAAAAAUUUUACUUGCACCUGGAGUCCAGAGAAAGAAGCCAGUUAUACAUGGUACAAAGUUAGGAGAACUUACUCUUAUGGACAUAAAAGUGAUAUUUGUUCACCUGAUAAUUCUGCAAGUGGAAAUCAUGCUUCAUGCUCUUUUCUUCCUCCAACAAUAACAAACCCAGAUAACUACACUAUUCAAGUGGAAGCUCAAAAUGCAGAUGGUAUAAUUAAAUCUGAUACAACACAUUGGAGCUUAGAUGCCAUAAUGAAAACCGAACCACCUGAGAUUUCCCAUGUGAAACCGGUUUUGGGUGUCAAACGAAUGGUUCAAAUAAAAUGGACAAGACCUGUAUUGGCAUCUGUUUCAUCUACUUUAAAAUACAUGCUUCGAUUCAGAACAGCAAAUAGUGCCCACUGGAUGGAAGUCAACUUCACCGAGGAAGAUAUCAACAGAGAUGAAACAUACAACCUCACAGGGCUGUUGGCUUUUACAGAAUAUGUUGUAGCUCUGCGAUGUGUGGGUGAGGAGUCGAUGUUCUGGAGUGGCUGGAGCCAAGAAAAAAUGGGAACAACUGAGGAAGAAGCUCCGCACGGCCUGGAUCUGUGGAGAGUCCUGAGACCAGCUGAGGCAGAUGGAAAAAGGCCAGUGCAGCUGUUAUGGAAGAAGGCAAAAGGAGCUCCAAUCCUGGAAAAAUCACUUGGCUAUAACAUAUGGUACUUUCCAGAAAACAACACUAAUCUCACAGAGACAGUGAACACCACGAACCAGCAGCUUGAACUGUAUCUGGGAAGCAAGACCUAUUGGGUGUCUGCAGUUUCUUACAAUUCUCUCGGGGAGUCUCCAGUAGCCACUCUAAGGAUUCCAGCUUUUGGUGAAAACUCAUUUCAGUGUAUUGAGGCCAUGCAGGCCUUCCUCACUCAGGACCAACUGGUGGUGGAGUGGCAAAGCUCUGUUCCAGAGGUGGACACAUGGAUGGUUGAGUGGUUUUCAGAAUCGGCCCCAAAGCCCUCCACCUUUUCCUGGGAAUCUGUGUCUCAGGCCAGGAACUGGACAAUCCAGCAAGAUGAAUUAAAACCUUUCUGGUGCUAUAACAUCUCUGUGUAUCCAGUACUGCAAAACCGAGUGGGCAAGCCAUAUUCCAUGCAGGCUUAUGUCAAAGAAGGCAUUCCAUCAGCAGGUCCUGUGACCAAGGCGGAGAACAUUGGUGUGAAGACAGUCACGAUCACAUGGAAAGAAAUUCCCAAGAGUCAGAGAAAUGGUUUCAUCAGCAACUAUACCAUAUUUUACCAAGCUGAAGAUGGAAAGGAUUUCUCCAAAACAGUCAACUCCAAGAUCCUGCAGUAUGACCUGGACUCCCUGACACGGAACACCUCUUACACUGUUCAGGUCAUGGCCAGCACCAGAGCUGGGGGGACCAACGGCACCAGGAUAAACUUUAAGACAUUGUCAGCUAGUACCCAUGAGGUUAUCCUGGUAACUUCUCUGGUUGGAGGAGGCCUUGGCCUCAUCAUCCUGCUGGUGGCAUAUGGUCUCAAAAAACGCGACAAAUUGAAGCACCUAUGUUGGCCUGAUAUCCCCAACCCUGCUGAAAGCAGUAUAGCCACGUGGUGUGGAGAUGGUCUAAAGGGUAAGGUAAAUCUGGAGAGUGAUGUUUCUAUGAACGCAGAAGACUGGAUUCUGAAAUCAUGUCCUGUCUCCAGUGACCUUAUUGACAAGUUGGUGGUGAACACUGAUAAUUUUCUGGAAGAGGUUUCCACAGAGGAACUUGAAAAGAGUCAAGAGAACAUUUUGGGAGGGAGAAACAAUGAAUACGUGACCUUGCCCGGUUGUCCUUAUUGUCUCCCUGUUUCAAAAGAGAUUCCACCCAGGAAGUCCCAGAACCCGUGUUCUGGAAUGCUGGAGGGGACCUACUUAAAAGCCAAAGAUCAGCCUCUCUCUUCUGCUCAAAAUAUAGGGCCAGACCAUCUCUGUGAGGAAGGAGCACCAAAUCCAUACUUAAAAAAUUUGGUGAUAACCAGAGAAUUUCUCAUGUCUGAAAAAUCACCAGACAAAUCCAAAGGAGAGUAAAUGCCGUCAUGGCUUGAGCCCGUGUCUCAGUGUGGACUGUUCCUGCAGAGAGAAGAUACCCUGACUUGGCCAGAAGGGCUUCCUUGGCUGUCUCCCACCCUGCUUGUGUGAGAGACAGUCUUGCACACCCUCGAGUGGCCAGCUGACUGGGUGGGCACAAACUGUAAGUUGCCUGAGAAGAAGGGCCAGUGAGAAGUCUGAG